AUGAGUCUUAAUAACAAUGUAACCGAUUCACCCAAUGGAAAAAUUCCAACAAAUCCUAUUGAAGUUAUAUGCGUUUCAGUUCCCAUGAUGAAUGCUAUUAUUGUUACAAUUUUGGCUUAUGAGAUAAAGGAAAAUCACAAAGGGCGAAGUUAUUAUAGAGAAGCGUCUGUUCCACAACCACAUAUUAUUUAUGCACCCCAACAUUAUCGUGAAGAGGAAAUUGUUAAAGACUUAAAAUCAGAUGAAUCCGGUUCUUUUAGCUUUUUGCCUAAUUCUUCAUCUAGAUCUGAGAAUCAAGUCGGUGUAAUAGCAUUAAAAGCUAUAAAACUUACGUCAUCUAUGGGUGAUUCAAAAAUAUCCGAAAUAAGCAUGAACUUUGGUCAACAGUCCCAACAAUCUAAUAAUCUUACUGAUUCAUCGCAACAGUCCAGCGAUCCUACAAAUUCAAAUUCAUCAGAUCACCGAAUUGGUAUUACUGUUCCCUAUACACCGUCAAGGAUUCUAUCUAAUGACCCAAAAAUUUCAAAUAUACAAUAA